AUGGUGCGGUCGCCGGCCCUCGGCGCGGCGGCGGCCGUCCUUCUCCUCCUCCACGCCCCCUCGCGCCGCACGGGCGGGGCGACCGCGACCCCCACCGGUGGCCGGCGGCGCGGGCACCCCCACCGCUGCCUCCUUCCGCCAAUUCGCAUAUUGGAGGAUUGCAGUUGUGGGCAAAUUUCAAAAAGUGAGCAGCUGACCUUCUACCAUCAAAGACCAUGGCCGAGUCUUACCAAGAAUGAUUGGGAUAAUAAUGUCUUCGUGUACAUGGAAGCCUUUGCCAAUUUCCAGUUUUUCUCAAAAUCUUUUAUGCAUUCUAACUGCUGUACUUUUACGUGCCUCAGACAUUCUAAGCAUCAAGAACUGAAGGACUUCUCUUUAUCGAUUGGGAUACUUCAGGUCGGUUGCAAAAUUUCUCCUGGAAUGGCUGAUUUGGUUAAUAAGCUAAAAGCUAGGAAUGUUGAUGUAUUCCUUGUGUCAGGAAGCUUCCGACAAAUGAUCAAGGCAAAGCUAUUGCCAAAUGGACAGGAUAAUGUCAAUGUUUCGUUCUGUAAAUUGAUUGAUCUGGACUAUGGAUUUCGCAGGAACAACUAA